CCGGACAGCCCAGGGCGGCCGGGGGAGGAGCGCGCUGCAACGGCCGUGGCGAAAGUGCGGUUGUGGAUGCGCGGAGAGGCCGGCGGCAGCGGCAGCGGCAGCGGCAGCGGAGGAGGAAGCUGAGCAGGGCGGCGGCGGCGGCGGAACCUGCGGGGCUGGGGCGCGAGCCAUGGGCCGCCUGCACUGCACUGAGGACCCGGUGCCCGAGGCCGUGGGCGGCGACAUGCAGCAGCUGAACCAGCUGGGCGCGCAGUUCUCAGCCCUGACAGAGGUGCUUUUCCACUUCCUAACUGAGCCAAAAGAGGUGGAAAGGUUUCUGGCUCAGCUCUCUGAAUUUGCCACCACCAAUCAGAUGAGUCUUGGCUCCCUCAGAAGCAUCGUGAAAAGCCUCCUUGUGGUUCCAAAUGGGGCUUUGAAGAAGAGUCUCACAGCCAAGCAGGUCCAGGCGGAUUUCAUAACUCUGGGUCUUAGUGAGGAGAAAGCCACUUACUUUUCUGAAAAGUGGAAGCAGAAUGCUCCCACCCUUGCUCGAUGGGCCAUAGGUCAGACUCUGAUGAUUAACCAGCUCAUAGAUAUGGAGUGGAAAUUUGGAGUGACAUCUGGGAGCAGCGAAUUGGAGAAAGUGGGAAGUAUAUUUUUACAACUAAAGUUGGUGGUUAAGAAAGGAAAUCAAAUCGAAAAUGUGUAUAUAGACUGGGGUCUCCUUAAAGGCAGAGUGAAUCUCAGAUUCAUCUUAGUCCCUUCCUGGGGUCUUGUUCAGCACCCUGCAUCCAGUAGAUGCUCAACAAAUGUCAACAUAGGAAUCCAGGUCCCAUCCUCUCCUCACUCAAGGGAUCCAAGGCUGCCUCUUCCUCUUCCGUAGCGGUGUGGCUUUGCGGAAGUCACUUAAGCUCUCUAAUCCUUCUCCUCAGAGUGCCAGACUGCAGCUGCCACAUAAAGAGGUAAGACUCGGACAGGCUAGGUGCCAGGUCACCCCCCAGUUCCCCAGACCUUUCAGAUGGCAGUGGCUGGCUAUUCAGGCCAGAUCAGUUGCUGUGCUGGACGCUUCAGCUUUGUUAUCUCCCCCAGUCUUCUCAGAGGCCCUUUGAGGUGGGCACUGUUGCCAUCCCCAGCCUUGCAAACGGGCAAACCCAGGCAUGUGACAAUGAGCUCCCCUUGCCCGAGGUCACGUUGGUUGGCAAAGGUGUCUGAGCCUACAGCCCUGCUUUGAAGCAACUUGGGGCAGGGAUGAGCAGCUUCAGGGGGUUUUCUUGUCCACCCUGUAAGAAUCUUCAAGGCUCAGAGAUCAUUUGCUCCAAUUUUCUCGUUUCUUUUCCUUUUUUUUUUGAACAGGGUUUUGCUCUGUUGCCCACUUUGGAGUGUAGUGGGGUGAUUAUGGCUCACUACAGCCUCAACCUUCUGGGCUGAAGUGAUCCUCCCACUUGAGUAGCUACCCCGUGAGUAGCUGAGACCACAGGCACAAGCCAACACACCCAGCUAAUUUUUUUUUUUUUUUUUUUUUUAGAGAUAGGGUCUCCUAUGUUUCCCAGGCCUGUCUUGAACUCCCAGGCUCAAGUGAUUCUCCUGCCUCAGCCUCCCAACAUGCUGGAUCACAGGCAGUAGCCACCUCACCUGGCCAAUUUUCCCUUUACAAAAACUGGAAUGCUGAGCCCAGUAAGAAGUGCUGUCCCUAUCUCCCACACCUGGGCUGACACUGGGGACUGUUGGGAAAUUAGGGAAGACCUAAAGCCCCUUGUGAGUCUCAGGUACUAAGAUUCUAUGAUCUUCUUGGGGGCCUUGUUCCCAACAGGCCACGUCAGUCUUGGCUGGACUCACUGCCCACCUCUGGGACCUUGGCGGUGGGGUGGGAAGGAGGACCUCAAAGGCUCAGCGAGUCCACCCCCAGCCCAGCCACCAGCGCUGGCCUCCUCCUCCGCAACACCCAGGCCCUUAUCAGGAAAGGAUUUGGGUUGGUGGGGAGAGGCGGGGUGGGGGAAGUCGGAGGCCCCAGGCUCAGCAAGGUGGGUAGGAGAGAUAGGGAAGUGGGGAGGGGGCUGCGGGCCCCUGCUGGGCGGGGGAGGGCAAUGGGAGGGAUGCCCAGAAUGGGCACGGUGGGGGACUUUGGCUAAGCUCUGUCCUCGCUGGGCUGGCCCUCAACAUGGUUCCAGGACUUCUGCCUCCCAUCCUUGCCAGGCAAGUUGCCUGCACCUUUAAUUAGCAAGCAGCAGUUUCUCUCCAAUUCAUCACGGUCGCUGUUUAAUUAGCCGAGCCCAGGGCGCCCCCACCCCCAGCUCUGCCUGCCUGUCUUACCAAGGCCACCACCACCUCAGGGUGUCCCCUGUUACCACCCCCCACACUUAUUCUGCUCCCCAGAAUGGAGGAUGGGCCUGGCAUGCCCAGCUGAAACCUCAAGGAGAUUCUGGGCACCGGCGCUUGUAUUCAAGGCAUCCAGCAAACAUGAUUAGGGACCGAGGCUGCGCCGGGCUGGCUCUGGCUAGAACCCCAGCCAGACACGCGGGGCAGGCUCUGGUCCUGUCCAGCUGCUGGAGAAUGGCUUCUCCCUUGGCAGGCGCUGAAACGUCUCUCUGGCUUGGUCCCUGGGUGCUGGGAAGAGGCUGCAGUACUCCUGUGUGUCACUCCCACCCCACAUCCGGAAAGGGACACCAUAUCUUCCUCUUCCUCUCUCUUCCAGAGCCCAGAAAGCUCCUCUGAGAAUGCUGGACCUCAGGCCAGGGGCCCAUGCUCUGCACCCGGCCCUCAGCAGCCAGAUCCUAGAGGCCUAGUCCAAGCUGUGGGCCAAGGGAGGGGGGCGGGCUGAGGCCUGCUUUGUGUCGGCAGGGUCUGGGGAAUCGGGAGCACUGGCGGGAGCCCAUGGUCUGGGGCUGAACCAGGCCUCUUCUGUUUCCCUGAAGAAGAGUGAGGCUGAGGGCCCUUGGAACAGAGCCCCUGUGUCAUUCUGUGCAGGGCCAGGGUAGCCACUAGUCACUGUGGGCAGAAACAUGAAGCAGAGUCCCAAGCCUGUGCUCCUGCUGGGCUGUGGGAGGUGUGACCCUUCUACUGUUUCGUGGACUGAGAACAUGAAGGGACUGGCAUUUGCUAUGUUACCCUGUGGUGCCAUCAGCGUGUUGUGACAGGGGCAGGAGGAGUGUGCUAGAACCCACCCACUCUGGUACUGCCCAUCUCUGUGGCCUGGGCCAGCCAGCAAACCGUACCAUGCCUUAGUUUCCCUAUGAUUCAUAGCUGCUUCAUGGGCUGAUGUGAGGAUUAAAUGGCUUGCAAUGUGUUUGGA